ACAGUUUCCACUGCACAACAAUCACAUAACGAUGAUGUGUUCUCUCCUACACCUCCGGCUAUUAAAAGUCCAUGUCAUUCGACGCUUACAUCUGGGACAAGCUUGGGUUCAAUGAUGACCCAUACACCAACUAUUGCCACAGCCUCAUCUUCCUUAUUCGGUCUACCAACUCAAGUAGAUCGUCUACAGUAUCCAAUCCUCGCGCCUACAAUGCCAUUACUGUACGAUCAGCUGGCUUUAACAUUGGGAGCUUGGCAAACUUGGGGAAAGAUGCGACGUCCGCGUACCGCAUUCACCAGCGAACAAUUGAUUGAGUUGGAACGUCAGUUUGGCGAGAACAAGUACCUCAGUCGACCUAGGAGAUAUCAACUGGCGCAAGAGUUAUGUCUAACGGAAACUCAAGUAAAAAUUUGGUUUCAAAAUCGCCGAAUGAAGAAUAAGCGUUGUCAAAUCCCGUUGACUAAUCCACCGCAAACGUCAGAACAUUCAAAAAAUUAG